CGACCGUCGGAUCCGGCCUCGCUCUGCGCCCCGGGGCGCGCCGCCUCCCCGCUGGAGGUGAGGACUGCGGGGACAGGGCGCUCGGGGCUACGGGCGCAGCGGGGAUUCCAGGCCCCGCGCCGCCGCCGAGCACAGUGCGGCGGACAUAGGAAGGGGACGUGGGAGCGAGUGGUGGGGGGGCUGUUGGAGCUGUGGGGCGGAGACUGCCCGCUGCUGGGAACCGUCCCUCCCUCCGGCCCCCGCGUCCCCUCCGUGCUCGAGGCCGCCUCUCUGCGCUGUCCCCAUCCCGCGGACCCCUCCGUCCUGACUGCGACCCCAGCCCCAGCUGUUCCCGCGCCUGGCCUCACUCCGCGCUGCCCAUCUUUCGCCUCCUUCUUGCAGACCCCGCUCCCGGGUUCCUGUCUUUGCUCUCCUCGCCUGCUCAACCCUUCCCCGCCCCCGCCCUCCCGCUGUCCCCACCCCUUCUUCUGUCCCGGCGCCCCUCUCCCUCGUCGGCUCCUGUCACUUGGAACCCGUAUCCGUGCCGCUAUCUCCGCAUCCGGCCGCCUCCCAACCGGUGCCGUCCCACAGGUGUCCACGCGUCCGGCCGUCCAUCCGUCUGUCCCUCCUGGGGCCGGCGCUGACCAUGCCCAGCGGCUGCCGCUGCCUGCAUCUCGUGUGCCUGUUGUGCAUUCUGGGGGCUCCGGGUCAGCCUGUCCGAGCCGAUGACUGCAGCUCCCACUGUGACCUGGCCCACGGCUGCUGUGCACCUGACGGCUCCUGCAGGUACCUGUCCUGAGCACGUGCCCCCAAACCCUUUGGUCCCCAUUUCCCAGCCCUUCACAUGCACAACAGAGUGUCUAGGGGCUUCAGACUCUACUCUUCAUGCCUCAUCACUCCUAUGGCUGACUGGCCAGCCCCCCUUUCCCCUUUACCCCACCUCUGUUGCUUCUUCUAGUUUUUAUCUCCCCACUUUUUUCAUCUCCCAAGUCUGAUUCAGGGAUUCUAUCUGAACCAUUGCUCCUCAAGAUACAGGGAAAGAGACCUAAAGCUUGAGAGAGUUUGGGGAUUGGGUGCCAUGAGGAAAUGGGGAGAUAAAGGAAAGGGAGAAAGAGAAAUGGUUUAGUCUGGAAAAGAAACGCUGCAGGGAUGGUUGCUGGAGAGAAACAUUUAUAAUGAAAGAGGAUCUUUCUUGAGUUUGAGUAGUUGGUUCA